AUGGUGGCCAUGGGGACCAGGAAGACCAGCACCGAUAGGCAGGUGGUGUAGGCCCGCCUCUUCUGCGCCCAGGUCACACCUCCAGGCACCAGGUGUGGUGGAUGUCAUACAAGGAGUCAUACUUUUUCUGGGAGGAAGGGAAGGGGUUAAAGGAUGUAAGCUCGGUUUGAAAACAAAAAACAAAAACUGUAGUCUCUUUUUUUUACCCAAUCCUAGACUAAAUUAGUUAUCAGUGACAAAAAAAACUCAUUAUGAUAUAUUGUAGUAGCACGCUCUAUUAAAGGUCUGAAUGUCCGUCCAUAUCAGCAGAAACAUCCCUAGCCCAUAAAACCGUACCCCAAGGGCUAGAUUCAAUCCGGAGCGUGGAAGAUCUACAUUAUAGCACGAUUGAAAUUGAAAGGUAAUUUCCCAUUAACCUCUACGGGAUCGGCGUCCCUAUACCGGGAUGGUUGCUGCUCAAUAUGCACUAUGUGACUAGAAUGGCGUUGUAAACAACAGCCAACUUUCCAGAACAUAGACAUGUCUUAUAUGGGCAGAAAGCUUAAUUUCCUGUUAAUCUAACUGCAGAGUCCAAUUUACAGUAGCUAUUACAGCUAAAAAAUACCAUGCUAUUGUUUGAGGAUAGUGCACAACAACAAAACACUUUUGUCACGGCAACUGGUUUGAUACAUUCACCUCUGAAGGUAAAUAAUGUACUUACAUUCAGUAAUCUUGCUCUGAUUUGUCAUCCUGAGUGUCCCAGAGAUAAAAUGUAGCAUAGUUUUGUUUGAUAAAAUAAAUUUUUAUAUUCAAAUGUAGGAACUGGGUUCUACAGUUUGACCCCCUGCUGUCUCUGGCCAUCUAGAUGUGUGAAGGUUAGUGUAUUUUCUGUAGGGAAGCUAAUGAUCCAUCAUGUAUGACAUUCCUGGGAGUAUGUAAACUUAAAUGUUUUAUUAUCAUAGCAUUUUUGAAAGUGUAUAAAUUGACCAAUUCGGAACGUUUGGGAAAACUCCUGGCAUACUUGAUACAAAAUAUUGUGUACAUUUACAUUUUAGUCAUUUAGCAGACACACUUAUCCAGAGCGACUUACAGAUAUUUAGUGCAUACAUUUUUCGUGUUGGUCCCCCGUGUGACCUGUAGUCUCGUGUAGCUCAGUUGGUAGAGCAUGGUGCUUGCAAUGCCAGGGUUGUGGGUUUGUUUCCCACGGGGGACCAGUAUGAAAAAUGUAUGCACUCACUAACUGUAAGUCGCUCUGGAUAAGAGCGUCUGCUAAAUGACUAAAAUCUGAUGUAAUCCUUGGAGUCAUUAAAACUCGUUCUUCAACCACUCCACAAAUUUCUUGUUAACAAACUAUAGUUUCGGCAAGUUGGUUAGGACAUCUAGUCAAUUGGAGUCAAUUGGAGGUGUACCUGUGGAUGUAUUCAAGGCCUACCUAACUCAGUGCCUCUUUGCUUGACAUCAUGGGAAAAUCAAAAGAAAUCAGCCAGACCUUCACAAGUCUGGUUCAUCAUUGGGAGCAAUUUCCAAAUGCCUGAAGGUACCAUGUUCAUCUGUACAAACAAUAGUACGCAAGUAUAAACACCAUGGGACCACGCAGCCGUCAUACCGCUUAGGAAGGAGACGCGUUCUGUCUCCUAGAGAUUAACGUACUUUGGUUGCAAUCCCAGAACAACAGCAAAGGACCUUGUGAAGAUGCUGGGGUAAACAGGUACAAAAGUAUCUAUAUCCACAGUAAAACGAGUCCUAUAUCGACAUAACCUGAAAGGCCGCUCAGCAAGGAAGAAGCCACUGCUCCAAAACCACCAUAAAAAAGCCAGACUGCGGUUUGCAACUGCACAUGGGGACAAAGAUCGUACUUUUUGGAGAAAUGUCCUCUGGUCUGAUGAAACAAAAAUAGAACUGUUUGGCCAUAAUGACCAUCGUUAUGUUUGGAGGAAAAAGGGGGUGCUUGCAAGCCGAAGAACACCAUCCCAACCGUGAAGCACGGAGGUGGCAGCAUCAUGCUGUGGGGGUGCUUUGGUGCAGGAGGGACUGGUGCACUUCACAAAAUAGAUGGCAUCAUGAGGAAGGAAAAUUAUGUGGAUAUAUUGAAGCAACAUCUCAAGACAUCAGUCAGGAAGUUAAAGCUUGGUCGCAAAUGGGUAUUCCAAAUGGACAAUGACCCCAAGCAUACUUCCAAAGUUGUGGCAAAAUGGCUUAAGGACAACAAAGUCAAGGUAUUGAAGUGGCCAUCACAAAGCCCUGACCUCAAUCCUAUAGAACAUUUGUGGACAGAACUGAAAAAGCGUGAGUGAGCAAGGAGGCCUACAAACCUGACUCAGUUACAUCAGCUCUGUCAGGAGGAAUGGGCCAAAAUUCACUCAACUUAUUGUGGGAAGCUUGUGGAAGGCUACCUGAAACGUUUGACCGAAGUUAAACAAUUUAAAGGCAAUGCUACCAAAUAAUAAUUGAGUGUAUGUAAAAUUCUGACCCACUGGGAAUGUGAUGAAAGCUGAAAUAAUUCAUUCUCUCUACUAUUAUUCUGACAUUUCACGUUCUUAAAAUAAAGUGUUGAUCCUAAGACAGGGAAUUUUUACUAGGAUUAAAUGUCAGGAAUUGUGAAAAACUGAGUUUAAAUGUAUUUGGCUAAGGUGUAUGUAAUCUUCCGACUUCAACUGUAGAUUCCUACAUCACUGGCCUUUCUCUUGCAUUUCAAAGAUUAUUUUAAAAAACAAUAAUAGAAAACACAUGUUGUUUUGUUUGUAUUAUCUUUUACCAGAUCUAAUGUGUUAUAUUCUCCUACAUUAAUUUCACAUUUCCACAAACUUCAAAGUGUUUCCUUUCAAAUUAUAUCAAGAAUAUGCAUAUCUCUGCUUCAGGUCCUGAGCUACAGGCAGUUUUAGAUUUGGGUAUGUCAUUUUAGGUGAAAAUUUAAAGAAAGGGUACGAUCCUUAAGAGGUUUUAAGCCGUAAUAUGCAGCGUUUAACUUGAACACAGGAACAUUGCCUUUAAAUUUAAAUUGCUCUAUAACUCGAAUCUAGCCCCAAGUCUUGUUUGCUUCUUAUAGAUCUGGAGGCAUUGGACACGCUAGGGCAUUUUCCACUUUUCCAGUUCCAUUCUCCCACUUUUCUUUUUAUCUAUAAGUACAUUUCAAAGUGUCUAGGAGCUGGUGGUUGAUUUUGUAUCACGAUGUAGUGAGAUUUUCAGGUAUUUAGCAGAACCUGCUGGUAUGCUACAUGUUGCCAUUUUCUCAAAGUAACAUUAUGUUGUCGGAGUUUGGUGAAGACGUAUGUUAUACCGACAGUUCACAGUAACUCCAUCAUGUUGAUUUUUCAAUCAUUUAUUCUUGAAUAGACAAAAUAAUCGACAAUCGUCCAUUAAGUUUUGGCUAAGUUUUCCAAAUGGCAGGCCAUGGUUGCUGGAUGACUAGAUUAUGAUCAUAAAGAAUGUAUUUACUUAGUUUGAUUGAGUCACAGCAUAAACACGUUUGGUACCACUUGCCUAGUUGAAUAUCAAUGAGUGAGUGUGCCAUUCAAUUAUGAGUCAUAACUGUCAUUUUAAUGUGGCCCUACUAACUGCAUAUGAUAACCCUGAUCAGAGAGAGAGAGAGAGCGAGAGAGAGAUGACCAAGCUCUGUCUGGGUUUGAGGCGUUGAUUGACCGGCCAGAACACAGACUGUGCAAUAGUUUCAGAACUCUCUCUGUCUGUCCUGUGGUGAAGGAAUAGCUUCGUCAGUAUUAACCGAUGUGCUUAGUUUGCUUGAGUUUGGCUUUGCUUUGUUCUUUGUAGUGUUGCAAAAAUUCCAGGAACUUUCAAUAAAUUCCCUGGUUUUCCAGAAAUCCUGGUUUAGAUUUCCGGAUUUCCCUGAUUAUUCCCUCCUGACAUAUGGAAUUGUUUAAGAUGGUCAUACUAUGGAUAAUUUAGCUUUUUGAUUUUGAAUUUUAGGACCCCUUUAGGUAUCCCCCCCAAAAAAUGUUUUGAUAAAAUAUUGAAUUUGGCCUUUACUACUAUAGCCUAUAGAAAAGCAUUGAAUAACACAUUCAUAAUUGGCAAGACAGUCAAAAAAGACAUCAUUUGGAACAAGUUUUAGAUGUGUCUAUCCUAUGUCUAGGAGAUAUAAGAAAGCUCAGGAAAUAUUUUUUUGCACAUAUUUAACCCCUUUUUUGGGUAGGCACAAAACGACCUCCAUACUUCCAUUACAUUUUUUUAACAGGUACCUUCAGACGAGUCCAGUGACACUUGUGGGGGUUGUAGAGCAAAACGGAGAACACCAUCGUGUUUGUGAUAAUCUCCCCUUUCCCAUUAGUUUGUAGUCCAAAUGGUUUGGACGCUACAAACAGAAGUUGGCACAUCGAUGGUACUGACUUCAGACAAGUCCUGUGACACUUGUGGGGGUCGUAGAGUAAAACGGAGGACAGAUUUUCGGAAUGUCUCAUGGUCUGACAAACACCGCUGUAGCUCAGCCACCUUCCACCUCAAAAACAGAUUUCUCUAGCUUAAACUGAUGGAUUUUGAUGGGGAUUUUUUAUUGUUACUUAGAUUGAUGCAUGGGUGCAUCAAUCGACUCAAGUUCUUUUUUUAUAACCCCCAUUUUGGUUGAAUGAAAACCAUGUUGUCUCUCUCUCGGUCUGCACUCCCCAUCGUAGCACAACAAAUCCACAACAGUGGAUAUGUUACACAAUAGAUGGGCUAGAAUAAAAACCUGCUGUAAUUAUCAAGCUACUGCCCUACAUUCAGAUUUAGAUUGGGUAAUGACAUUUUGCAUACACACACAGACACAUUGUAAGUGUUCAUUCUGUCUUUUUCUCUCUCUUUCUCUUUCUCUAAACAAGAUGAGUGGGUAAGUGGUCCUUUAAUGUGAUGCCAGGACUUCCACACACAUACAGUACAAGUUUACAUACACUUAGGUUGGAGUCAUUAAAACUCGUUUUUCAACCACUCCACAAAUUUCUUGUUAACAAACUAUAGUUUUGGCAAGUCGGUUAGGACAUCUACUUUGUGCAUGACACAAGUAAUUUUUCCAACAACUGUUUACAGACAGAUUAUUUCACUUAUAAUUCACUGUAUCACAAUUCCAGUGGGUCAGAAGUUUACAUACACUAAGUUGACUGUGCAACUUGCAAAACACUGCAAAAAUUCUAAAAACCUGUUUUCACUUUGUCAUUAUGGAGUACAAUGUGUAGAUUGAUGAGUAAAAAAAAUUAUUUUAAUCAAUUUUAAAAUAAGGCAGUAACGUAACAAAAUGUGGAAAGAAUCAAGGGGUCUGAAUGCUUUCUGAAUGCACUUUAUAUCUGGCAUUCCCUUAAUCAUGUUACAUAUACAGUACAGACAUAGUUGACAUCUUUGCUCUUUCAAAUUAGUAUUUUCUGUGAUUUUAUUGAGCAGAGAGUAGGAGAAUAAAAGGGAGCAUGAAUCAGCAGUGUAUUGUAUAUGGUGCACAGCAAAUUGGCCAGUUUUACCUAGUGUUUUUCAGUGUAACAUAUAGUGUUGAUUCAGGAGUUAAAUUAACUUAACACUCAGCGGUGUAAAAUAACCCUAGUGUUGUUUUGUUGUUGUUAAUAACCAGAGUUGAGUGUGAUUGUGUCAUUUUUAGUAAAACGCUCAAAACCAGGCACCUCAUUAGCAUAUUUCCCAAAAUGCUCUAUUGCAGGUUGAUUUUCAGAAUUGUUUCAAUAUCUGUGUUUUUUGCAUGUAAUGAUUGAUUGAUUAAUCUUAUGCUACACAAAGAUAAAUAACAUACAUUUUCUAAACAAAUCCAAUCUGUUAGUAGUGAGACGUAUUGCACCCGUUACUGAAAUAGUUGUUCCAGUUGAUUUAGGUCAUCCCAUUAAUCAACCUUCUCUACCUUGGCAGUCAUUCUGAAUGCAGGUUGUGGGUGAUUAAAAGUUCAAAUUGUUGGAUAUCCUCAAUCUGGCUGGAUUCCAAUAGGAAUUACUUUGCAUCCAGCAUAAUGUCAUUUGCAUGCCUGAUGUGACCUGUAAACCAGGAGUUUCCUAACACCACUGUUAGGAAACUAUCUAGGCCCUCAAAGAAAUACCUUAUAAUAUAUGUAAUGUAGUGUCAUAAAGAGUUUAAUUUUAAAGGCUAAUAAGGCUGGUGGAACCGUUCAUAAAGGGUUCUAGGAAGAAAUCUUCAACCAUAAAAGGGUUCUCAGUAGAACCCUUCAUGGAGGGUUCUAGGAAGAACCUUUAGAGGAUGAAAGAGUUAUUGGUAGAACAGUUCACCCCUUCAUAGAGGGUUCAUUUACAGGUGAUUCUAUGAAGAACCCUAGAUAGAGGGUUCUACCUAGCAUCAAAAAGGUUUCGCCUAUGGGGACAAACAGAAGAGCACAUUAUGGUUCUACUUGCAUAUUUUUUUCUAAGCAUGUAUAGUCUUAUGAGUGUGCAUAGAGUCAGAACAAGAUAGGGUCCAUGACUGCUCCUGCUCCCUCUGUUAAAACUGUAUCAUGAUAAUGUAGCCUACUAUACACUAUUACUCUAAUACGAAAAUUGGUUGCGUUUUGUGAAAAGUUUAAUAAAGUUUAGUUGCCAUUCAGGAUAUCCUGUGUCUUCAUCAAUCUCAGUGGUCUUUAUUUAUGCAGAGAGGGAGCCCCUAGUGGUCACAAUUGGACAAUGCACAAGUCUUGGCGUAAAUAAACAAGCUGUGCAGGGUGUUUACAUAUCUUGUUGGCUAAUAAAACUUGUCUAUGCUAAUGUACAAUCGAAACAUUUUUUGCGAAAUAAUAAUAAACAAAGGUACUUAAUUUUUUGGGGAAAAUGUAUAUGGAGAUGCCGGGGAUUGAACCCGGGGCCUCAUACAUGCAAAGCAUGCGCUCUACCACUGAGCUACAUCCCCAUCCACGUAGGCGUAGAGAAAAUUAGGCAUACAGAAAAUUAGGCAAUCCAAAAAGAUACACCAUACAAAACUAUAAAAAUCCCCACUCAUCACUCAAACUGUAUCGCUUUGCAGUUGCAAUCCCCACCACCCCUCCAAGAUAUAGUUAGUUGCCUAAGGACGAAAAGGGGACUUUUCCUCCACUUUCUGCACAAGAUGCCAGUAAGAACGUUAUCUCCAUAUUUACGUUACUUAUCAACCUCAAAGCUUGAUUUCACAAGAGAGAUUUGAUAUAAUAAUAUAAAUAAUAAUAUGCCAUUUAGCAGACGCUUUUAUCCAAAGCGACUUACAGUCAUGCGUGCAAUUUUUUUUUUUUUUUGUGUAUGGGUGUAUGAUAUCACCAGAGAGAUUGGAUAUCGGUGUUAUCAAAUCUUUCUGGUUAAUUCAAACUUUGCUUCUCCUCUUCCUCUCUGAAUGUAUAUAAUAUAACUUAUUUUAGAAGGUGGGAAAGGUUUCUUUGAUUAUAUCACUUUUAGAAUGUCGAAGCUUUAUGUUACCUAGGAGACAAAUGUUACAUCACAUCAGUCAGGCGGGAAAUGCUUUGCUGAGUUCUAGAACGUGCACGGGUGACAUUGCCUUCAAUGAGGGAGGAACCGUCGGCAGGAGGGAGGAGGAACCGUCGGCUGCAAGAAGUAUUCAAAUCAACAUGGUUUUGCUGCUUUAAACAGUCAUAAAUACUCCAAGAAAUGAGUGUACACGACGAGAUAUAAUUUUAUGGGGAAUUCUCAUGGUCAUAUGUUUUACUGCUUGGUUUAUACUUUUUGUAAAACACCAGACCAGGCAGUGUUAAGGCCCAACCAAACGGUCAGCAGAAAUGGGCCUCACAGAAGACCAGGGGCAGUUGGGCCCACUGACCACUGAUGGACCAUUCACCAUAAAGGAAAUAACACAGGUGCAUAUACAUUAUUCUACAUGACAACUAGCCUAUUUUCAUUACAUUUACAUGUUAGUCAUUUAGCAGACACUCUUAUCCAGGGCGAUUUACAGUUAGUGAGAGCAUACAUUAUUCAUACUCAUUAAGUCUUGAUAAGCACAACUAGAUAAAUGCUUCGCAAAUGAUUUAUAAGCAAAGUCAUACUAACAGGUACUAUAUAUAACAGGUGAUCUGGUGCUUUGCCAAAUGUGACCACCUAUUUACCAUUUAAAGUUUAAAGUUUUAAUGUCACAUGCACAAGUACAGUGUUAGAAAUUGCGUAAUUCAAAUCUGGUAUUGGAAUAAUAGAAAACAUAAUCAAGAGAUAUUCAAUCCAAGCUAAAUUUAUUAUAUGCAAAAUGUAUGUAUGAUAAGUAUGAUGGUUCGUAUACGGGCUCACUGAAAUACCACGCAGGGCAGACAGAGAACUGAUCCAUUGUUAUGAGUUCUUCUUAAAAUACUCUGACAGAGAUAGUUCCCACUCCCUGCUGGCCAAUCAGAGUAGAGACUGAGCGUGGUUUAGACUUACUCAGCCUAUCCGUUGGCGCACCGGCUGGUCCCAGGUUCUUGGCGCUCCACUGUUGCACACUGUUGCCAGGCAUAAGUUGUUAUAACAACCUGUAGAGUCAGCUCCCCUAGACACCGUUCCACUGUUCUGUAAGUACCUAAUUACCUAAAGUAAUUAAUUAUUUUUGAAUCAUUUUUAUAUGGGUGUUAUAAAGGAUUUAUGAAGGCUUCAUUAAGUUUAGUUACUGUAGUUUAAAAUAGGACCAUGAAUGGAAGGGAUUUCUUUCCAAUCAUAAAACUUUCACGCUGCUCUCACCAGAGCCAUAUAUUGGCAGUACAUGUACACUACAUGACUAAAAGUAUGUUGAUACCUGCUCGUCGAACAUCUCAUUCCAAAAUCAUGGGCAUUAAUAUGAAGUUGGUCCCCACUUUGCUGCCAUAACAGCCUCCACUCUUCUGGGAAGGCUUUCCACUAGAUGUUGGAACAUUGCUGCGGGGACUUGCUUCCAUUCAGUUGGCACUAUGCGUUGGGGGAGGUAGCGUUCUCAUCUGCCAAAACCAGAUUCAUCCAUCAGACUGCCAGAUGGUGAAGCAUGAUUCAUCACUCCAGAGAAUGCAUUUUCACUGCUCCAGAGUCCAAUGGCGGCGAGCUUUACACCACUCCAGCUGACGCUUGGCAUUGCGCAUGGUGAUCUUAGGCUCGGCCAUGGAAACCCAUUUCAUGAAGCUCCUGACGAACAGUUUGUGUGCUGACGUUGCUUCCAGAGGCAGUUUGGAACUCGGUAGUGAGUGUUGCAACCGAGGACAGACAAUAUUUAGCACUCGGCGGACGCGUUCUGUGAACUUGUGUGGCCUACCACUUCGCGGCUGAGCCGUUGUUGCUCCUAGACAUUUCCACUUCACAAUAACAGCACUUACAGUUGACCGGGGCAGCUCUAGCAGGGCAGAAAUUUGACGAACUGACUUGUUGGAAAGGUGGCAUCCUAUGACGGUGCCAUGUUGAAAGUCACUGAGCUCUUCAGUAAGGCCAUUCUACUGCCAAUGUUUGUCUAUGGAGAUUGCAUGUCUGUGUGGUCGAUUUUAUACACCUGUCAGCAACGGGUGUGGCUGAAAUGGGCGGAUCCACUAAGUUGAAGGGGUGUCCACAUGCUUUUGUAUAUACAGUGGGGGAAAAAAAGUAUUUAGUCAGCCACCAAUUGUGCAAGUUCUCCCACUUAAAAAGAUGAGAGAGGCCUGUAAUUUUCAUCAUAGGUACACGUCAACUAUGAGAGACAAAAUGAGGAAAAAAAUUCCAGAAAAUCACAUUGUAGGAUUUUUUAUGAAUUUAUUUGCAAAUUAUGGUGGAAAAUAAGUAUUUGGUCACCUACAAACAAGCAAGAUUUCUGGCUCUCACAGACCUGUAACUUCUUCUUUAAGAGGCUCCUCUGUCCUCCACUCGUUACCUGUAUUAAUGGCACCUGUUUGAACUUGUUAUCAGUAUAAAAGACACCUGUCCACAACCUCAAACAGUCACACUCCAAACUCCACUAUGGCCAAGACCAAAGAGCUGUCAAAGGACACCAGAAACAAAAUUGUAGACCUCCCAGAACCACACAGGGGGACCUAGUGAAUGACCUGCAGAGAGCUGGGACCAAAGUAUCAAAGCCUACCAUCAGUAACACACUACGCCGCCAGGGACUCAAAUCCUGCAGUGCCAGACGUGUCCCCCUGCUUAAGCCAGUACAUGUCCAGGCCUGUCUGAAGUUUGCUAGAGUGCAUUUGGAUGAUCCAGAAGAGGAUUGGGAGAAUGUCAGAUGAAACCAAAAUAUAACUUUUUGGUAACAACUCAACUCGUCGUGUUUGGAGGACAAAGAAUGCUGAGUUGCAUCCAAAGAACACCAUACCUACUGUGAAGCAUGGGGGUGGAAACAUCAUGCUUUGGGGCUGUUUUUCUGCAAAGGGACCAGGUCUCUGCAGGUCAUUCACUAGGUCCCCCUGUGUGGUUCUGGGAUUUUUGCUCACCGUUUUUGUGAUCAUUUUGACCCCACGGGGUGAGAUCUUGCGUGGAGCCCCAGAUCGAGGGAGAUUAUCAGUGGUCUUUUAUGUCUUCCAUUUCCUAAUAAUUGCUCCCACUGUUGAUUUCUUCAAACCAAGCUGCUUACCUAUUGCAGAUUCAGUCUUCCCAGCCUGGUGCAGGUCUACAAUUUUGUUUCUGGUGUCCUUUGACAGCUCUUUGGUCUUGGCCAUAGUGGAGUUUGGAGUGUGACUGUUUGAGGUUGUGGACAGGUGUAUUUUAUACUGAUAACAAGUUCAAACAGGUGCCAUUAAUACAGGUAACGAGUGGAGGACAGAGGAGCCUCUUAAAGAAGAAGUUACAGGUCUGUGAGAGCCAGAAAUCUUGCUUGUUUGUAGGUGACCAAAUACUUAUUUUCCACCAUAAUUUGCAAAUAAAUUCAUAAAAAAUCCUUCAAUGUGAUUUUCUGGAUUUUUUUUCCUCAUUUUGUCUGUCAUAGUUGACGUGUACCUAUGAUGAAAAUUACAGGCCUCUCUCAUCUUUUUAAGUGGGAGAACUUGCACAAUUGGUGGCUGACUAAAUACUUUUUUCCCCCACUGUAUAGUGUAUCUCUGGUGCUAACACUACUGGUUCUCCUCACACUUGUUCUCAUAUCAUCUCUGACCUAAAGAAGGACAACUUCAACCUCAGGCUCCGCAUCUUCUUCUACGAGGAGCUGCUGCAGCAGAGGUGUGACGACUCUGUCGAGGAAAUGUACAAAACAGUGAGUGUUCGGGAUCAGAGACAGAUCUUAACAAAGUAAUUACUUUGUAGAAAUGCUGUAAUGGUAGGCCUACUGAAUAACUCCAUGUAUUUUUGUGUCAACACAGAACAUUGACCUAAAGGUAGAAGUUGUAACACUGGAAGAGGAAAUGAGGGAGCUGCAGAGUGUCUCUGCCCUUGCACUGUAAGUUUGGUCGAGGAUAUUUAAUUUUGACCGAAUAGAAAUACAAUUGGUUGGUAUUGUAUCUAAUCUGCCUGCGUUUUGUAUGAUCUAGUAAAAAUUACCCAGAUCAAAUGGAGCAGCUCAGAGAGUACGGCAACACCAAGAUCCAGCUGCUAGAGAAGGUAUCUGAAAAAAACAGUUCAAUCUUAGCAUUUAGAAUGAAGACGUAGAAGACGUAUUCCCAGUAGCGGUGCGUGGGAAAAAUCACUGGGGAAGCCCAGCCAGGAAAAGAAAGCCAUAGUACAACCUGUAUUUGUUGUGAUAAUUGCAUUGUUUGCCCUAUAACCUGUUAGUUCAUAUGCCUUGCCACCAUGAUAUAUAGGCCUAAGGCCGAGAUAAUGAGAAGACACAGUGGUAGAAUAAAUUCAGCCAAGCCUUUGUUUAAUCACAAAAGCGGAGAGAAACAUUUGUCCAGGGGAGCCCACAAAGCAUAUUGCAUGUAACAAACAGUACAUUACCUACAGCAUGGUCAAUCAAGUUAAUGUUUCCGACAUUUUCGGACUACUAAACCAACACCGGAGAGUUUCCACGAGUCACAAAGAAAACAGGAGCUGCCUCCACUAUUCCAGCACCAUUUCAACUUCAGCAUUUCAACAUCAUCAAACCUAUGCUUAGUUACAGUAACAAAAAGAUUCCCAAAACAAUUUAGUCCAAUCAACAUAAGCUAAAUAUCAUGUGGCUGGCUAUGGUUCUUAUUUGUGUGUGUGUGUGUGUGUGUGUGUGUGUGUGUGUGUGUGUGUGUGUGUGCAUAAGUAGAAACAACAGGUUGACUCACCCUACUUGUAGAGAAACGCCAAUGCCAUCCUCCUUUCCCGGUCUAUGACUCUGUUAUACAGUACACGCUUUUAGUUUUUGUUGUCCUAGGCUACCUGGCUAAAAUGCUUGCUCGCUAGCCUAACUUCCUUUCAUGGGCAACGAUUAGCCAGCUAGUUAACAUUAGCCUACUACAUAUAGCUACAUAUUGAACUUCUAUCCUCUGAGGCCAGGGGCACAAUGUAUGAAUUUAUGGUUGGAUCAGAAUCGCCGUUAUAAUCAUUGGCCAGUACGGAUAAUUAAGUAAAACCACAAGUCCAAAUACCUAUCUCCAUCCAUGGCUAAUUUAGGAAAGGGCCAAUUUUAGCUAGCUAGCCACUGGAGGACAACAACGAGAUGCAACAAUUCAUGUUUUUUUCUGUCAGUGACGUUUGGUGUGAAGCCAAAUCCAAACUGGCUUCCCUUGACACCUUUUUUUGGUGCGCCAGGACCAUUCACAGUUCAGUUCAUUUAGUUUAGCUCGACGGUGAUUGGCUAUUAUUGCAUUUUUUUAAAUCAAGGGAGGCCAAAUGCUAACUGGCUUCCCUUGAAUUCAAUGCUACGGGUGGCAACAAUAUCUUACUAUUUUUGACCGGACAGCAUCAGAUAGAUGGGCUACACAUACAGAGACAGAGGGGCGCUGUUUCGCUCGCUCGGAGGCUUUCUAUGGUGAGAUACAUUCAGCCUCUUGCGAAUUGAAGGAAAAUAUGAAAAACAGAGAGACGAAAGAUAUAAAAGAUUGUAUCUUUUUUUUCUAUUUUGGGGGGGGAAAGCCUGGCUUCCCUCGGCAUCCAUCAAUACACGCCACUGCGUAUUCCAUAAACAAGUGUUCUCCAAUGUCCUCCAAUAGUUGCUGAAUAUUGUUUCCAUUUAUUUCCAGGAUCUGGAUUCGUCCAGAGUGAAGGUGGGAAAGGUGACGGCCAUGUUGGAGCAGGAGAGGAUGCGUUGCCUGGAGCUGGUUACCGAGCUUCAGGGGGAGGGUCACUCCCAGUCGGACGCCCCCAACCAGACUGACCCUCUACCCCAGGACCAGAACCCAGAUCAGAACCUGGAGCAGUACCAGGACCUGCUCAGCCUGUUGGAAGAGAGAGAUCGGUAGGAGAGACUAGAGACCUCCUGGUUUAUUUUAAUCCCUCCAUAGAAUCACACACCAAACAAAGUUUGACCUUACACAUUACACCAAUGGACUACCUCUCUCUCCCUCUUUAAUUAUCUCUCUCUCUUCCUCCACCUCCUUCUCCUUCUCUCUCACACAGGCUGAUAGAGCAGCUGCAGGCAUCUGUAAAGUCCCAGGAGGUUCUAAUAGACCAGCUGAGGAACAGUGGUGCUGGCCAGGGUAGCGGAGACCAGCCAACAGCAGACCCCAACCGUCAGCUGUCGUAUCUCAUCACUCAGCGAGAGAUGGACCUGCAGGUCAGUGCGUGUGCGUGUGUGUGUGUGUGAGUUUGUGUCAGUCACUGACCUUUAAAACCUUUAUUUCUCAGGCUCUGAAACAGGAUCAUGGCAGAGAGAAGAGGAAAUAUGACAGACACCUGAAGGUUGGAUGAGCCACAUCAUUUUGGACGUAGUUCUAUAUUCAAUAUGUGUAUACAAUUCUACAGUGCCUUCAGAAAGUAUUCAUACACCUUGACUUAUUCCACAUUUUGUUGUGUUACAACCUGAAAUUUUUUUUUUUUUCUCUCACCCAUCUUCACAUAAUACCCCAUAAUGACAUUUUAGAUAUUUUAGCAAAUGUAUUGAAAAUGAAAUACAGAAAUAUCUCAUUUACAUAAGUAUUCACAGUAUUCACAGCCCUGAAGCACCAUUGGCAGCGAUUACAGCUGUGAGUCUUUCUGGGUAAGUCUCUUAAGAGCUUUCCACACCUGGAUUGUGCAACAUUUGCCCAAUAUUCUUUUCAAAAUUCUUCAAGCUCUGUCAAAUUGGUGGUUGAUCAUUAAUUUUCCUUAGGUUGAUUUUUAGUAGUUCAGUUUUUAUUGUUAUUCAUUUCUUUUUUUAUCCUCUUAUGUUUGUUGUGUAGUAAAUAUUUCAGUUUCUAUUUUCAUUGUUUUUCAAUGUUUUUCCUGUGAAGCACAUUGCGUUGCAUUCCAUGUCUGAAAUGUGCUGACUAAAUAAAGCUUGGUUUGAUUUGAUUUGAUUAGACACACAUUUUUAGGUCUUGCCAUAGAUUUUCAAGUAGAUUUAAGUCAAAACUGUAACUCGACCACUCAGGAACAUUCACUGUCUUCUUGGUAAGCAACUCCAGCGUAGAUUUGGCCUUGUGUUUUAGGUUAUUGUCCUGCUGAAAGGUUAAUUCAUCUCCAAGUGUCUGGUGGAAAACAGACUGAACCAGGUUUUCCUCUAGGAUUUUGCCUGUGCUUAGCUCCAUUCCAUUUAUUUUUAUCCUUAAAAACUCCCCAGUCCUUAACGAUUAACAUAACAUGAUGCAGCCACCACUAUGCUUGAAGGAGUUGCCCCAAACAUAACACUUGGUAUUCAAGACAAAAGGUUAAUUGCUUUGCCACAUUUUUGCAGUAUUACUUUAGUGCCUUGUUGCUAACAAGAUGCAUGUUUUGGAAUAUUUUUUAUUUUUUAUAGUAUUGUGUAGUAACUACAAUGUUGUUGAUCCAUCCUCAGUUUUCUCCUAUCUCAGCCAUUAAACUCUGUAACUGUUUUAAAGUCACCAUUUGCCUCAUGGUGAAAUCCCUAAACAGUUUCCUUUCUCUCCGGCAACUGAGUUAGGAAGGAUGCCUGUAGAUUUGUAGUGACUGGGUGUAUUGAUACACCAUCCAAAGUGUAAUUAAUAACUUCACCACGCACCUUAUUAUGUGACUUGUUAAGCAAAUGUUUACUCCUGAAUGUAUUUAGGCUUGCCAUAGCAAAGGGGUUGAAUACUUAUUGAUUCAAGACAUUUGAGCUUUUCAUUCUUUAUGAAACUUUGACAUUGUGGGUUUUGUGUGUAGUAGGCCAGUCACAAAAAUCUCAAUUUAAUCCAUUUUAAAUUCAGGCUGUAACACAACAAAAUGUGGAAAAAGUCAAGGGGUGUGAAUAUUUUCUGAAGGCACUAUGCAACCAAAUUGGACAUCCCAAUCAAAAACGAAAGUUAACAUAACAUACGUAGUACAACUUGUUUGUUGCAAGAACAGAGAAUCACUAGAUAUCCUGAAUCUAUAAUACUUUUGUGAUGAUGAAAGUAAUGGUGUUGAUAACUCUACUAUUCAGGAGCUGCGGGAUAUGAUGGCAGAGAAGGAUUUUCAGCUGGCUGAGUGUGAGUUUAAAGUCAAGGAGCAGGAAGCUGCCAUCCAGAAACUCAACCACAAGCUACAUGAAAAAGACAGUGACAAGCAACAGGCUGUUGAGGUAAGAAGGGGAUGCAGUAGUGGUAGAGCUCAGUGGUAGAGUGCAUGCUUUGCAUGUGUGGUGCCCCGGGUUCAAUCCCUGGCAUCUCCACAAUUGUUUUGUGGUUGACUUAUCUACCUUAGUUGAAUGCGUUGACUAUAUGUUGUUCUGGAUAAGAGCAUCUGCUAAAUGACAUAAAUGUUAAUUAAAUUCCAAUGUAAUGGAGUUAUUGAGGUUAUAUAUUGUCAAGUUGACCCAUCUUUAACCCCUGUGCCUUUUCUCAUUUAGUCAAGCAAUGGAGAGACAGACAUGAUAGGCCAGCUCCAGGCAUAUCUGCAGGAGAAGGAGAAGGAACUGCUAACCCUCAACAACCUGCUGUUUAGCCACGAGGAUACAAUCCAUGUAAGAACUCGCAGCUAUUCAUACUGACCAAAACUAUUGUGUAUAGAUCCAUCAAUCUAUUGUGUAGCUCUUAUACUGUAUAUCCAUCCCUGAGUAUGUUGUUGUUGGUUUCCCCCCCAGACUCUUGAGAAUGAACUGGCCAAUGAGAAGAUCAAAUAUGACUCAAAGAUGAAGGUAACACACAGACCUUUUCCCUCCGGGUCCUCUGUUCUUUAAUAUAGUUAAAUUAUCCACUUCUGCUGUGACAUGUUUGUUUAAUUCUUCACAUGUUUUUUUUAAUACAUGAAAUUGAUGAACUGAUAAACUGAUCAGCUUUAUCAGCAUAGAUAAGCAGAUCACUAUUAUAUGCCAUCUGUUAAGGUACUGUAACUUACAUACAUUUAUGUUCCUCUGUCUACCAGGAGCUCCAGGAUGCUUUGGAACAGUCCAACAAAGAGAUGUCAGAGAAAGACUUCCUCCUAACAGAGAAUGAGAUUAAACUGAAGGAGCUGGAAGCCACAGUAAAGACACUCAACUGCUCAAUGCCGGAAAAAUAUAAACUGCCACAGGUAUUAGGCCUACAAAAAGCCAGAAUCAAGCACUGUAUAAAAAAGCAUACACGUAUGGUAUUAUAUAAUGUCCAUGGACUGUCAAUGCAUAUGUUCACUCACAGGAUAACUUACACAGGAGUGUAAACGUGAACCAAUUUUAACAUUCUCUUUCUCAGCAGGGCCAUGUGUCCACAUGCCCUGAGAUUACCACUCGUCACCAGCAGGAGUCAGUGUUACAGCAGCAGCUUGAAGAAGUGAAGGAGGCUUCUGAGGUGAGAUUCACAGGGAGAAUCUCAAUUAUAUACUCCUCGCGUCCUCUCUCCUUGCCUCCAUCUCAACACCCAUUGGAGGAGAAGAUCAGAGGGGCGGGACCUCUGGCUUUCUCAUCCAAUGGGUUUUUAGAAGGAGUAAAGGAGAGAGGACGCAUGUAUGCAAUUGAGAUUCUCCCAAAGUCACAUACACUUUCAUUGGGCUUUUGCGCAUUGUAAGUUUCCAUACCUUUGUUUUUUGUUAGAAAUAGAAUAGAUCGAAAGCUCCUGUCCCACAUCAAAGAUGCUAAUAGCUAUAAACAUACAAUACUUGGCCUCAAUGCAUACUGUUAUUUCCUUGUGGUGAUUCCAGUACUUAACCACAUAUUGAUUGUGUUUGUUAAUGGAUAAGAAAGUCCCUAUAUUUUCUUAGCGAGCCAAGGAUGAAAUCCUCACUGCCAUUAAAGGGAAAGGAAAUUACAGCUCUUCAAAGCUGUCUCUACUGCUGCAGAAGCUAACCGAUCUGCAAGAUAGGAACGACCAGCUGUCUUGCUGUCAACAUCUGAUAAAUGUAUGUUUGCCUCACUUGCCUGCCCCUCUGGUGAUACUAUCUCCCCUGUGAUAUAUCAUAACGAAUUGAUAUAUCAUAUUCAUUCGUCUUUAUUUUUUGAUGUUGUAUGUUAUUAAUGUUAAUAAUACAAUGUGUUGAGUUGAGCAGAGUGUGGGUGCUCUGACGCCAGAGCGAGAGGUGGAAAUGGAUCAGACCAGGGGUGUGUUUGAGCGCCUGCAGGGAACCAAGCAGGAACUGGAGAAGAGCCUGUCCCAGACACUACAAGACAAGGACAAGGCCAUUGCACACCUGCAGGAUGCUCUGGACACAAAGGACAAGGACAUUGAGGUACAGGAGGACACAUAUGCAUUUGAAUGCAGAGCUAACUGACACAAUCCACCAUCCACUUGAAUUGCUAUAUUCUCCAAAAAUGCAAGCCAGGAGAUUCUGGAUGUUGCUAAAUAAACAGCUAGCGAAUGUAAAAAUGGUUUGGAGGAAGAAACACCCUAGAGAAGUAAAAAAUGAGCUAAAAAAACAAAAAUUAACUACCUCUUUAAGCUUAAACUCAUUCAGAGUUUCUCUCAUAUUUUCGGUAAUAUCUCUUCAGGUCAUGGCUGGUCAGUUCCAUAGCCAGACAGAAGAAAGCAACAGGGAGCUAGAACGACUGGAACAGAGACUGAGAGAGACGGAGGACAUUUUGGCUCAAUUCAAUGCAGAUAAGCAGAGACAGCUGACUGAUCACCAACUCACAGUAGAAGAGCUCCAGUCUGCCAUCAGUAUCAGGUGGUUCUCUGUAGCUCAGCUGGUAGAGCACAGCGCUUGUAACGCCAAGGUAGUGGGUUCAAUCCCCGGGACCACCCAUACAUAAAAUGUAUGCACGCAUGACUGUAAGUCGCUUUGAAUAAAAGUGUCUGCUAAAUGGCAUAUUUUAUUAUUAGUAUCAAUGCUAAAGGUAACAUAAAACCUCUUAAAGGGAUACUUUGGGAUUUUAGCAAUGAAGCCCUUUAUCUACAUCCCCAGAGCCAGAUGAAUUUGUGGAUACCAUCUCUGAGUGCAGUUUGAAGGGAGUUGCUAACUAGUGGUAGUGCAAUUACUAACUAGCGUUAGCGCAAUGACUGAAAGUCUAUGGUAACAGCAAAUAUUUGUUUAACUAACCCAAGAUAGACGAUAGCCCGUCGUUUCCAAUGGGAGCAAAUUAAUCAUAGAACAAGCAAGGAGGUAGGCAGAGCCAAGCAUGAACUAGCGAGAUCCUAUUGGCGUGUUCUAGCAUGUAUUUGCAUAUUUCCGUUAGGGAACACCUACUCUGUGAAGUGCACAUGUGCAAUCCUUGUAAACAACAAAAACAUUUUAAAAACUUUGGCAAAGGAUAAAGUCUACAAAUCUUAGUCUACUAUGUUCGUAACAGAUUCUAGUUUUGGGAAUAGAAAACUGUAUUGAGACCAAAUGUUUAAUCGAUUAGAAAAUUAGCAGAAUGUCGGACAAAAUCCAUCUCGCUUCAUCUUCUCCCACUGCCAGCCACUGAGCUUCCUCUCAUCACCAUAUUUGGUGGUGAGUGGAAAUGCCAGCCGGAUGGUUCAGAUUUAUACAUCCGAUGAAACAUCUGGCUCAUUGUUCUAUCUGUGGUAACAGCUAGCAUAGACUUCCAGUCAUUGCAUGCUAGCUGUUACCAUAGUUUUCCAGUCAUUGCACUAACGCUAGUUAGCAUUGAUUCGCAAAACGACCUCUAACUUCCUUCACACUGGAUGUAGGGACAUAAAAUGGUAUCCAUGAGUUAAUCUGACUAGAUAAAGGGCUUCAUUGCCAAUUAAUCCCUUUAACGUAAAAUCCCGAAGUAUCCCUUUAACGCCUUUUAGAGCAAAUCUAUAAGGAAUGUAUUUCCUCAUACAAGAGUCACAUAGACUACGGGUCUCAAACCUAGGAAGCUGUUAUUUUGUAACUAUGUUUAUAUCAGGGGUGCCAAAUAAAUGUUGCCCCGGGGACUGCAUUCGGUCUUCAACGAGGUCUGGAGGGCUGCACUGAAAAUGUGUUAUUAUUUCCUCAUUGUCAAAAUAUGCUAAAGAUAGUCCUCUAUCCAUAAUUUUUAGACUGUCUAGCUUUCAUUUCAGUGAUUAUUAGCAAGCUGGACACAGUCAAGAAAUCAUAAAUGUAGGUCCAUUAUCCAGUUUUUUAUAUAUUUUAUUUUUACUCAAACCACCCGCAGGACGGAUUGGAUCCCCUCACGGGCUGGAUCCGUAUGUUUGACACCCCUCGUCUAUAUGGACUUUUUGUAUGUGCAUAACUCUCAAGUGAUUGCGGUGGAGUGGAGACCCAUGGUCUACUAUAAUAUGCCACUAAUUUAAUUGAUGAUACAGCUACUCAACCUACUGCAAUAUAUAUGGUGCUAAGUGAUAGAACAUUAAAUAUAAUUUCCUGUCACUUUCCUGUAGUCUUUAGAGUCUGUGAUGAAGGGUUUGGACCAGGAGCUCCAGGAGAAAAACUUUAUCAUCUCCCAGCUACAGGAGGUGGUCAACAGGAAAUCAGAGGUAGAGUGACAAUCCAAGUCAUUAUUUGGUCAUUCUUAUGUAAUUUCCAUUUAACAAUUUCAUUUCUGGUGAAAUGUCAAGUAAAAUGUUGUGAAAUUAAUCAACCUAUUUCUGGACUGUUUUUCACAUCUCUCUCCCCAGAUCAUGGUUGGCCGGUUGCAUAGCCAGACUGAGGAUAGCAACAAAGAGCUGGAGAAACUGGAACAGAGGCUCAAAGAGACAGAAGCCAUUUUGGUUCAGACAACCCAGGAAAAGGAGACACAGCUGACAGACCAUCAACUUGAAAUUGAGAAACUGCAAGGUGAAGCUGAGGACAGCAACAGGAAAUUGGAGCAGCUGGAGGAGAAACUCAAGGAAACUGAGGACAUUUUGGCUCAAACCUCUGACAAACAGCUGCAGGACAAUCAACUCACAGACAGGAAACUACAGGGUCAAGUAGAGGACAGUGACAGGAAGGUGGAGCAGCUGGAACAGAGACUCAAGGAGACUGACAUUUUGGCUCAAACCAUUGACGAUAAGGACAAACUGUUAAUAGAAAAUCAACUGGCAGAACGGAAACUACAGAGCUACACUGAGGACAGCAGUAGGAAGCUGGGGCAACUGGAUCAGAUGUUAAAAGAGAAGGACGUCCUGUUCAUGCAGAACACAGCAGACAAGGCGAGGCAGCUGACAAACUACAAACUCACAGUAGAGAAGUUUAUGUCUUACAUCACUGUCAAUGAACAGAUGUUCAAGGUAAAGAGAAUAGGUUCCGCCAGAGCCACAGAUACAGUGGGGAGAACAAGUAUUUGAUACACUGCCGAUUUUGCAGGUUUUCCUACUUACAAAGCAUGUAGAGGUCUGUAAUUUUUAUCAUAGGUACACUUCAACUGUGAGAGACAGAAUCUAAAACAAAAAUCCAGAAAAUCACAUUGUAUGAUUUUUAAGUAAUUAAUUUGCAUUUUAUUGCAUGACAUAAGUAUUUGAUACAUCAGAAAAGCAGAACUUAAUAUUUGGUACAGAAACCUUUGUUUGCAAUUACAGAGAUCAUACGUUUCCUGUAGGUGGGGAGAACAAGUAUCAAAUACUUGUUCUCCCCACUGUAGGUGUGCAUCUCAAAUGUCACCCUAUUCCCUAUGCAUAAUAGUACACUACCUGUGGCCAAAAUUGUCUGUCUCCUCUCUUUCCUUUAACCACAGACGUUGAGACAAGGCUGCCAGAAACAAAUUUAUAUUUUCUCUUUGAAGAAGCUGAGAGAACAUCACAGCCAGAUUCUGGCCAAGCACACGCUGGAGCUUAAGGACUAUGGGAAAGAGGCAGGAGCAGCUAUCCACAGCACAGACUCAGGUCUCUGAACUCAAACAACUCCUGACUGAGAGGGAGCAGGUCAUCAAGGUACUGUAGAUGUGACUAUCAGGACUGGGUUAAUUUCCGUUGUAAUUCAAUAAAUUCAGGAAGUAAACUGAAGUUCCAAUUUCCUACACUUGUCUUACUGUGGGUUUUUGAUCAGGGCCUAAAGCAGCUUGCAGUCCAGAGGGAGAGGGGUAGAAGUAAUCUGUGGCAGAGAGAGACUCUGUACCCUGACAAACACACCAUCCGAGAGAACAGUGAAGGUGAGUGUAAGCGGUCUGUCUGUGGUCUGGGACUGUCUGUAGCUGAAGUAUGUAAUUGUGGCAGACUCAUAAAGACCUCCUUACACUCUCAUUCCUCUUUUCCUUUCUUCCUACCUCUCUCUUAUUUUCUGUUUCACUCUGUCCUCCGCCCUCCUCUCAGUUCCUCCUGCUAAGGCUGGCCCGACUAGGUGUGAGAGGUGUCUCCAGCUCCUGCAGCAGGAGAAUGGCAGUCUGCUGGACAGACUGAGGGCUAGCGAGAGACUCAACAAGACCCUGCACAGCCAGCUGGACCUGUGCAGAGCCAUAAUGGCUCAGAGAGAGGGAGGCGAUGGAUGCAGUUUCACUCCCUCUACCUCACUCACAAUGGAGGAAGGAAUGGAGGAGCAGCAGCAGGAGAUCCUGAGGCUGGAGGAGAUAACCCAGGCCAACGGGAGGCUCCAUGAGCAACUGGAGAACCAUAGGGCCCAGCAGGCAGCAGCCCAGACAGGAGCUCAGGAGGCAGGGACAGAGAUGAGGCAGAACCACCCAGGUCAGUCAGACAUAGGGUUAAUUAUUUAUUUAAUUAGGGCCGAAUCAUAAUGCACGCUUAACUUUCACGUAAAUCAUGCAUUAAUAUCAAUGGAAGAGUUACACGAAAACAAAUUAUUUUACAACCUAGUUAGUCAAGUGGUGGUGAACACACUUUAACUGCGUGACUGUUCGGAGGGAAUAAUCAGGAGUGAACUGUUACUGUACAUGCUUUUGUCCUGAUGUCCAUGUGUGCAUGCUGAGACAGAGAGACUGAAUGAGGCUGUAGUUGAGAGUGGAGCGAGAGAGAGUGGAGCGCUGAGGGAGGAGAGAGAGAGGCUGACAGAGGGGGUCGCACGCUCUGAGGACAACAACAGAGCCUGGAGGGCUCACUCAGCUCCACACGGAAAGAAAUAGACAGGUAGGAGGAAAUAAGUAUAGGAAAUAGCGUCCAAUCUCCAGACUCCUUCAUCCCAGCCUUGGCUGUUAGUAAUCCAUUGAAUUAUAGCCUGAGGCAGAGCUUCUUUGGCUUGACAACGUAAAUGCAGAGGAUAUGGCGAAAGCUAAAACACAAAUACUGGCUAUCAGGCGGAUUGAGUUAGAUGUCGACAGUCAAAAUAGAAGACUUGAUGUGAGUUUAUUUCACAGGUUGAAGGGAGAGAUCGAUGCCUAUCAAAAACAGCUCACCAACUGCCAUGAGCUCCUCAAGUCAUUGUGUGUGGAGAUGCAGGGGUCCAAGCAGAUGAGGACUGCUGCAGUCAACGCCACUGGUACUGUAUACAAGACGGUCCCUCACUUUCUCUCUCCAUAUGUAGUUAUUCUUGAUAGAUGUGACAUUGAUUCUGUUGAGUGACAUUGGCUACUCUCUUACCCAGCAACAGAGUUUGGAGGCGGUCUCCAGGACAACCCCAAGCUAAAUCAACUCCUCUCUGAGAUCCAGCAAAUCAGAGGACAGCUUGCCGAUAAGGACACGACACAGACUAAAGCCACAGAGGAGAAACUCCCUGAGCAUUCUGGUUGGCCCGAGUGCCGUCCAAAAAUCAUCAACUAUGUGGCGUGUGGUGCGUCCAGGCAUUCAAACAGGAGCAGUCCUUCAGGUACAAGUAAGAACUGUGAAAUGUCUAAGUGAUCAUUAAGUAUGAUGAUGGGGUAAAAAGAAAUGGCAGCAUAUUUUCAGUCGAAGCUCCAUUGAAAUGGCUUUGAUGGCCCUCAUAUCACCAUGAAGUGUACAGAAAUGUAACAUUUUAGUAAUCAAGUCAAAGAUACUGCACGUUUCCGCUUAGGAAAGGCAAAACCUUGGUUGACUUGAAUAUAAAAUUCAACUAAUUUCAGUGACUUUAUCACCACUGUUUUUAUUGUUACAUCAGGUAGAAGAGAUCAUGCCAAGAAGGACAACCUUUCUCAAAGCAGCCAUUACUCCAGCAUGGACGACUCAGCCACAUCCUUACUGAACAGUAGUUUAUCCCAACUGUGGGUCUAUGACAAGAGCCCUCAUGUCACUGGCCAGGAAGACAAUUACAUCACCUGCAGAGACUAAUAUCAGAAGGGAAGACACUGACCAAUAAGAUCACUACACAACAACUCCCAUCCCGAGUCACAGUCAGCAGUGAGUCUUCCGGAAUUUGAAUUUGUUGUGAUCCCUAGGUGGAAAUUGAAAUACCACAGGCUUCAAUAUUGUGAUUAUUAUAAUCCCCAAACCACUAUAUAGUUGAGAUGUUAUGUUUACGAUGAAUGUAUGCAAAUGUGAUAAAAGCACUACUCAGUUUUCCUUCCAUAAUUUCAUCUCACACUGGUGCUGUUUGAUGUCCCUCCGAUUCAGGUGGACCCGAAGUUCAUCAAGCAUUUCUCGUCAACCAUCAGUGCUACCCAGCAUGCUUUGGAGGAAGCCUGUCAUCUUCUGAUUCUCCAAGAGAGGUGUUUUCACCUACAGAGCGACUCUGUGAAUAACAACCAGAGCCAAGAGGUAAAGAUAUCCUUCCCAUGUAGUAGCAGUCAUGGUUUAAAAUGUUAACACUGCAGCUCACCUCAUAUGCAUUUGGUCUGAGCUACAUUGUAAAAUUAGGUGGUGAGGGAAGGAAAUGUAAGCUGGGGACUACGUGAUCAUAUCUUUCUGCCAGUGAAAAAUAUAGAUUUUAUAGAUGCUGCAAUGCAUAUUCUGAAUUUGUAUUUUUAUGUUUCUCUAUGUUUUCCUAAGGACCUCUACUGGGAAAACCUGAAACUGAAGAAUAAAAUUGAGAGAAUGAGGAGGGAGCAAUCUCAAAAUAAGAAGAUGCUUUCUGAAGCUGUCAAACGACUAAGAAGAGUGAACCGGAGGAAAGUGGAGAGACUG